CACAGAACUUUACCAUGUAACGCGACAUGACAUCCCAAGAUGCCCCGUGACCUCCGUGCUGAGGAUGGCCCGGUGGGCGGUGCUGCACUGGGCUUGGACGACAUCACUACGCGUCUCGCCUAUGUUAUUCACCACCAAUCUCUAUUCUGCUCAGUAGGAUUCAUUUCUCUUACUCACAAUUGAACAGAACAGUGACAACAUGGAAUUCAAGAACUUGACCCUUCGGCCAGCUGCUGCUGCGAUAGACGCAUACGACAGUGACAUGGAUAGCGAAUGGAUUCAAACACCGCCAGAAGACGCAUUCACAGAUGAAGACGAGAUCCAAAUAGAUUCAACAGGGGAUCUGCUGCUGCACAUCGGCUCCGAUCCAUCCUCCGGCAGCACCAAAUCAUUUCGCAUUUGCUCAAACACUUUACGGCGAGCAUCGCCGUUCUGGAGACGCACACUCUUAGAAACAUCCUCGGGGACGCAGCCGACCGACGAGGGGUGGUGCGGAUGGACUCCUUCGCUGUAUGCUUGUCAGCAUGACAAGUCAGACGGAUUGAUGAUCCUGCUGAACAUAAUCCAUGCGAAAUUCGCACUUGUACCAAAAGAUCCCACUCUCAUCGAGGUUUACCACACUCUUUGUCUGGCCAGCUUGUAUGAGAUGGAGCAUGUUUUGCAUCCGUGGAUUGCGAAGUGGUACGGGGUGACGAAGACAUCCGAGGGCACUAGGGAUGGCCGGGAUCUGGCAAUGCUUUCGUGCAUGGCUUGGGCAUUGGGCGAUGAGAAACUGUUUGCAAGGACUAUCAUCAGUAUCAGUCUCACUUCUAUCAUCGAUGAUCAAGGUCACAUUGUCAUGCCGGACGGGACACGCCCGGAAGACUAUUUUUAUGACUCCCUCGGCUCACCGACAAUACCAGAAACCAUUCGUUCCUUGCGUAAUCAACUCGCCACAGAGCUACCUUCACACCUGAAUGGGGUUAUCGAUAGAUUGAUAGACGGAAAAUGGCUCUGCGCUGGCAUUUCCGGAAUUCCUGUAACACGGAACAAGAAGUGCGACUAUGUCGUGCUCGGAAGUGUGCUCGCUGGCCUUAUCUAUGUUCGAGGGACGAGAGCGACGGAAGUAACCAUCAGAGCCGACGAGAGCGUCAUGGACUUACUCAAGUCUCUCAAGAGGGUGUUAUCAUAUGUGACUUGCUACGAAAAGCACCCGGAAUGCAACCCCGCAGAGCAGAUUUCGGAAGCUAUGAAGAAGACAAUCGACGCGAUGGAUAUACCUUUGAGUUCAGAUUGCGUCCAACGAAUGAGAGAACGGCGUCAAGAGACCGGAUGGCAAGAUUGAGUAUUCGUAUCUGGUAAGACCUUGGAAAUUCCUUUCGGGAUUAGGCUGUUGUAGGACCGGCUGCCUUCAUUGGCUCGCGGCAAUGGCAGAAUGUGCUCUAGGAAAGAGUACACCGUUUAACCUAGUAUCAAAAGUUGAGCCUUUACUGCAAGAUUAGUCUUUCACCAAUACCGCCCUCCGUUACUCUACCAAGCAUCUCGGAGAAGUUGACUGGAAUAUCAUAGAAUCCGAGCAUUUAUGUCUAUAUUAAUGAGGGACAGCUAAAAGUGCGUUUGUAUGUAUUCAAUCCAGGACAGGGGCUCCUGCGCGAGGCUUCUGCUUGACGACAUCAACCAUCACUCAGCGGUAUCAUUUCGAUUAUGGCGCUACAAAGAGUUGUUCACGGACUCCAAAGACGGCGUCUAGUACUCUCCGUAGUACCACGAUUCGGGGGCUGGAACUCCCCGGAAUCGGCCUAGUACGUGCAAGUGAACUGCUAAAAAGCCC